AUGGUCCCAUUGGAAAGCAUGCAAGAAUAUGAUUGGGUUAAGCAAAUUAGGACAACAUUGACAUCGUCUAUUUCCCAAAAUGACAAAAAUCCAGCAAAAGUCACCGACUGUGUCAUGUUAUUGAUGGUUAAUGCCGGUGAACUCUUUGCAAUCCCAACAGAAUUACAAAAGUUCAAGCGUAAAACAUUGAAGGUGGAGCCUGAAAUUUAUGAACCAGCCACAACAUCUCCCAACCUUUCUGACAUUAAGGGAGAACAACACAAUGGCAGCAACUCCCACUUUUUUGGGGAUGUGGUGGAGCUAAACGACAGUAAUGAGGACAUUUACAUUCCAUUUAGCAGCCAACAUUAUGACAGAGCUAUUGUAAUACCAGACACAAACCAACCUGAUAUCAUUGAUGUCCUUAUCCAAGAAAAUCGGAAGGCUUGGGGCGUCAUAAGGCAAUGGGAAGCAAAGUACAAACACCUUCAAUUUUCAUGGGAGUUAAGGGCAAGAGUCAUAGCUGAUCUUGAACAUAAAUUGUUUAACCAGUCCAGCCCGCCCAACGUGAAUAUCGAAAUAAAGAAGUGCAUGGAGCAGAAGGAUAAAGAAAUCAAACGCUUAACACAGCUGGUCAUCGACUUAGAAUGCGAUAAAACAAUUCUUCAGGAUCUUUACGAUGACCAGUCAGUCCACAUUGUCACACAAGCUAUGUCAGAAAGGCAACCCCCUAGCCCAAUGCAACACAAUAUCAGCCCACCUUCUAGGGUCAAGCGUAUAAAGGAAAAAGAUCGCAAAGAAUAUCGCCUGCCUGACUUCCAAUACCCAGACUUACCUGGCCAAAAGCAGCCCCAUCCAGUCGAAAUGGUUGAAGAUGAGGAGGAACAUCCACCAGCGAAGCAGCCAAAAAAAUUAUCCUUUACCAAGAAGUUCAAAGUCUGGGCCAAGAUGUCCAAACAUGACAAACAAAAGGUCCAAGCUUUACAAAAAAAUGGAGGCGAUGAGCUGCUGGUGUGGAAAGGAGAUUCGAAGGCUACACAUGUGUAUUUUGAUGACAUUGUCAACCUUAUCAAGGAGGAAUCAAUACACAGCAAUCUCAUAGAUGCAUAUGCUGAACUGUUGCAUGAACAACAAGAGGUGGUCAACCCAACUUCCGAUGAAGCCUCAUUGAUCUUCACGAGCAUGUGUUUGAAAGUGAUACGAGAGUACCAUCCUCGCAAAAGGAGUAAACACAUUGAUGCACAUGUCAAAAACUACCAAGGAGAGAGAUACCUACUAUUCUCAUUGCAUUAUGAGUACCACUGGACGAUAGUUGUGUAUGAUGCUAAAGACAAUUUGUGGAGACAUUACAACUCAUUGCGCCCAAGAACAAGCAUAUAUGACCCACAUAUCGACCAAGCACAUGAAGUUGUAAGUGGCUAUUUUUGA